CCACUCAGUUACAACGUCGAAGUUAUACCGACCGCGCGCCUCCACAGUCGCGUGCCGCGUAAAUCUUUACGUCACUCCUCAAAACUUUUUAUAAACAACGUUAACGUAUAUAUCCAACUAUAAUAAAAAUUGUGGAAGUGUUUAAUAGACUGCCGCGUCUGUUACCAAUAAAAUUUCGUCACGACAUUGGACGAUUCACUCAGCUGUCAUUUGUUUUGAUUAGCAAACACCGAUUUGCCGCCGGCCGGUUCAUCGCAGGAAUUUAGGAGCUGUGUUAUACUUUUGUUUUGACGUCAGCGGGUGGGCGUGCGCGCGGUGGCGUCGUCGCGGGCGUGCGUACGCGCGUUACAAACGCUCGCCCUCGCCGGACGACCAUGCGCGCAGUGCCGACGCGCCGCGCCGCCAAACCGCGCGCACCAUGCUUAACAUGAAGCUGAAGGAACGCCUUGCGCUAACCAUAAGCGCGCUGCUCGUCUUCUUCACCCUUAUGCUCGUCGUCGACCUUCAAAUGGACUAUGGCAUCUCGGGACAUAGGGUCCCCUUACAUGGCCGUGUCCGGAUGGCAGACGACGCGGAUAAGGGCAGAUCUGCUUACAUUGAAUUUCGGAAGCGCUUCUUACAAAAAAGCAACGGCAACAGUUCCCGCGAGUAUGAGCAGUCAGCGCCGAGCGAGACUAGCGGCGGGGGGGAUGCGGAGCCCAGGACCCCGGCGCCCCCCCUCGAUCACUACGAGGACCUUAUCUGGAUCAUCCGUGAACAGCUCAACGGUGGCGCUGAGACCAACGUAGUUAUCAUCCCACCGCAGAAAGACAUGAACAUCCUCAGGGCAGAAAACCCAACUAUUGGGGAAAUGGAAGACUUGGAGCCAAGCCUAAAUGCAUCAAAUUUGGAGAAGUUUCAGUUGAAGAUAGCUCAGCACGAGCUGUAUGAGGAGAAUGAGCCGCUGGUGGACGCCGUGCUGAAAGACAUGGCUACCUCGCCCAUCAUCCACGCAGAGCAAAAGGAAGGCGGUACACAGCUAAAGCUAAUAAUCGACUAUCCGAAUGGCGUACAAGCUCUCUUUAAACCUAUGAGAUUUCCAAGAGAAACGCAAACUUUACCAAACCACUUCUACUUUUCGGACUACGAGAGGCACAACGCUGAAAUCGCGGCGUUCCAUCUUGACAGGUUAUUGGGCUUUCGCCGCGCCAUGCCCGUCAUCGGCAGGGUCCUCAACAUGACGACAGAGAUCUAUGACGUCACGGAGGGGGACAUUCUCAAGACAUUUUUCGUGUCGCCAGCUAACAACUUCUGCUUCCACGGGAAGUGUUCCUACUACUGCGACACGGGCCACGCUAUAUGUGGCAACCCCGAUAUGCUGGAGGGGAGUUUUGCUGCUUUCCUGCCCUCAAACGAAAUUGCUGAGCGGAAGGUCAACAUUGAAAACGAUCGUCUGCAACCACGGACUCCUACAAAGAAACCGAAGCCAAUGUUAAGUCUUUUUGGCAGACCUGUAACCAGCUAUUAUGAAGUAUGGCGCCAUCCCUGGAGGAGAUCAUAUCAUAAAAGGAGAAAAGCGCAGUGGGAGCUGCAGGCAGACUAUUGUGAAACGGUACGCACGACGCCCCCCUAUGACUCCGGACGGCGGUUGUUGGACCUCAUGGACAUGUCAAUCUUCGACUUUCUCACCGGGAACAUGGACCGACACCACUACGAAACGUUCAAAAUGUUCGGAAAUGAUACGUUCACGUUGCACCUGGACCAAGGCCGGGCAUUCGGGAAGGCUUACCACGAUGAGCUGAGUAUCCUCGCCCCACUCCUACAGUGCUGUCUCGUGAGGCACACCACGCUUGCCACAUUGCUCAAAUUUCAUAAUGGAGCGCCUCUUUCAAAGGUCCUGCGGGAUUCAAUGAAAGCAGACCCAGUGAAUCCUAUUCUUUGGGAGCCACACCUGGCGGCAUUGGACAGGAGGGUGGUCAUCAUACUGGAUGCCAUCCGAAAGUGCUUGCACAAACAAGACACGCAGAUGGAACGAAUGUGGGCAUAGUACAAGGUGCUCCGUGAUAUAGUGAUACGAUUGUGAUAUCUAUUAUAUGGACGAUUCAAUAAGGGUUGUUGCAAUCAGUGACAAUGUGCUAGUCGACGUGACUCGUUUACCGUGUUGCGAGUAAGUUUAUGCUCCUAAGGUCUGAUUUCGAUAAACUAAUCGUGUUUCCGAAAUGUCCCUUUGGAUUAGUCAACUUACAAAGGGUCUAAGAAAACAUACGUACAUUUUUAGAAUUGUUGCUAUGGAUAAAUAAACCUAGAUUAAAAAAGGUACCUAUUUAUGAAAACUUGAUAUGAAAACUAAAAAAAUGUUUUCUGAAAUUAAAGUGAUGAAUGGGAUUAGAAUCUUGGUACAUUAUAUAAAUUUCAAUGCAAUAAAUCUUUGGUUCUGUGUAAGACUUGUAGACAUAAGAAUAUAGUGCCAAAGAUUUUCCAAAUGAAUUUCAGAUACUGCGAGUAAUUUUAGAACCAUUCCAAUUAGCGAUGCCGAAGGUGAGCCAUUAUAUGCCAAAUAUAGAUGAACUUUUGAGGUCUUGAAUUUAGAUCCGUAAAAAUAAAGGACCACCAGGCUCUUAAAUUGCAACAGUAUUGUUUAAAUCCUAAAAGUUAUAUGAUAAUAAUUUUAUGUAUAUUUUGAGGAAAAUAAAGAUAAGACUAAGAUUUGUUGUAAGUGUAAUGCAACUACUGUACAUAAUUUAGUAUACACUUUUGAUAUAAUUUUAAGUAGGAAAAAUAAGAAAGUAUAGACUAAUAUGUCAUUGUAUGUUUAAAACUGUCGCUUUUCUCUAUAAUGCUGUGAACUGUUACCAUGGCUCGAAGCUCAAGUAUACAUAUCAUAUUUUACUGUUCUUAGCUAUAAUCACGGUACAUAGACCCGAAGGAAAGUAUCGAGAGAAUGGUCUAGCCAAUCGAUCAAUUCCAUGUAAAAACGUGAAAUGAUUAUGCCUAUCAAGCUCUGAAAAGUUAAAAGUCAAUAUAUUGCAGUAGUAAAUUAUUGUGAAAAACAUUAUUCAGUGGAAACAAAUGUAGAUAGGUAUGUGUGAAGCCAGUUUUGGAUCAACUUCUCUCGAUGCUUGUUCUCGAUGAUGCGAAUUUUGAUGCGUGAAUCUUAAAUACGGGUAAUGUACCUUUACUCCUUGAGGCUUCUAAAGUGUAAACAAUUUGCAAUGUACUCAAUUUAAAAAUUCACCUGUUAACAUUUAUCAAUUUCAGGUAUUUGUCCUCGAAAUGAAUUUUAAGUUAAUCUAUUUAUUUUACAAAAUACAUAAUGUGAUCUCGAAAGUGUGUCGUUUGUUAUUAUUCGUUUUCUGAAAUUAUUGUAUUUAACUGAAACUUUUUGAUUAUGGAUUUUCUAAAAAAGUUGUUAUAAGUUUAGACAUUAUUAAAACUCUGGGAUAGUAACAAUUAGCUAGCGUUAUGUUUGAAAUUUUCAUUGGAUUCACAUCACACAUUUUUUUCUUGAUUGCUUGCACAAUUCUGGCGAUAGAUAUUGUAGUUAUCGUAACAUCAGUCAAUCAUAUUUUGUGUCGUGUGGAUCCUCCUAGCUGGCCGUGAUGGAUUUUUCGUAAUGACGGUGAAGCGUGUUUGAUUAUUUUUGUAACAUUUCACACAACAAUUUCAAUAGUAAUGUAGCUUCUAGGCGUAGUAGAUUAACACCUCCAUUACUUCAUAAAAUAAUUUCAUAAGGUCUAACUUUUUUAUUCACAGUUCAUGCGUCAUAUAUCUGAACCCAUUUGUAACUUAAAAAAUAAUUGGUGUUUCUCAGAAAAACUUUUUUGUAAAAGCAAAUUUUAUAUUUUUCACUGUUGAUUGUGGUUUUUUUAAUAUAUCCAAUUUUCAAAUAUGCCUCACUGUUGCGACCUUUAGUAUAUAAUAUAGAUAAAUAGUUGCUCAUGUUUUGAUUGACUGUUACUUAGAGUCGACUUGCCAAAGACGUACCUACAAAUAAUAUUAUGUAAAGUGUUGUAAGUUGUGAUUAUGAAAUCAAACUUUCUGUUGGUUGUUUGUAAAUUAAAGAUUAAAACAAACAUGUCAUUUGA